ACGAAAACGAGUUCUCUUGGCGGGGAAUUUAUAAGGGUCUCGGGAUCGAGCUCGGUCCAUUUUGGCGCGAGUCGCGAAGCAGGAACAGCGAAAGUAGAAAUCGCAAAACCCUAGCGCCCUCCCUCCUGCGUCCAUAAGAGAGACCGAUCGGACGCAUGCUGCGGUCCCCGUCCCGCCGGGAGAAGCGAGAAUCCGUCGGAGGAGAAUGUCUCGGAGGGUCGGCGGCGGUCGCGGGGAUUUGCUGGCGCGGUGGCGGAGCAUCGAGGAAGACGAGGAGAGGGAGGGAGACGACGCCGGCCGUCUCCACCGGUCGAAAGAGCAAUGGUUUGUGGAUGCAUUCAACUUUUUGAUGCGCUUGCCGAAAGAAACGCACAUUUGGUGCGAUUCGGCGGAUCUAAUGGGGCCUUUGCUGGAGACGUUCUACAAUUAUUUUAGGGAUGAGCGCCAAGAUUCUCCUCUCAGGCUUCUAUGGAAAAGAAUCUCCGAGGAGAUGAAGACGUGCAUCCGUUGCAUUUCUCAGCAUCAUCAAGCCCUCGAGAUGUAUAGAACGGAGUAUGAGCCAAGUUCAAUUGGUCCACUUCUUGACGUGUUGCAGAGUCUGGAUGAAGAGCGAGUGACUCAACACUUGAGAGAGAUCAAUGAAAGAAUGGCAAAGAAAGACUACUUCCCCGCACAUGAUAAUGCAGAAGUUGUUAGCGUCAUGUACGAGGUUCUAAUGCAUCCUGUUCUGCUCGAUGAUAAGUCAUUGUUCUCUGAAUUUGAAGCUUUCAUUGAAGCUAUUGACAAUGUCCAUGAAUUGGCGUUGGAUAGAAACCAACAGUUUCCGGGCGUGUAUGCGUUAUUCUUUUUCAAGCGAAGAGUGCGUUUUGUCGCUCAUCGGUUAGCUGAAUCCAUGGGUAAACUGAGGAGAGCUGAAGACUUGGAACCUUUGCAGCAGUUGCUUAAAAAAAUUAUUGGGUCCUUGGAAACUGAAGUGAUGCCCUUGACCAGUGAAAACUUAAGGCCAAGAUUGGAGCUUGACCGUUCUGCUGCAUGGAUUGGGAUUAAAUCAUUGAUUGGGUUUCUAGAGCCUCCAGCAUUGGAAGAAGGGAUAUUGGAGUCCUAUCCUAUUUUUCUCGAUGUUGUUCUUAACCAAGUCUCCAGUGAUUCUCCUGUAUUCUCUCAUGCGGUCACUUGCUUGAAGCUUCUCUUUGAAAUGCUUGGUUGUAAGCUAUGGUUGAGGUCUGCCUUAUCUCCAAGCAUCAUGCGAAGCACACUUGUUGGGCAGUGUUUCCAUUCUCGUAAUGAGAAGAUUCAUAAGGAUAUCUUUGAACUUUUCCAGCCACUUUUGCAGUCUCUUGAAGCUUGGCAAGAUGGCGAGCUUGAGAAGCAAAGAAGGGGUUUUCUUUAUUUUCUCCUCCAUCAAGUGCCAAUUAGCAGCAACUUCAGUGUUCUCACUAGACAAAAAGCUCGCCAGAUAGCUUUCCUUAUCAUACACAGAGGUUACAAGAUGAAUCCACCUUCUCCCCCUUUUGAAUGUUCACAUAUGUGGGGUCCCUCUCUCAUGUCUUCCUUGAAGGAUUCUUCUCUUCAUCCUUCUUUGCGGCAACCUGCCCUUGAUCUCAUUCAAACUAUCAUGGUCUCUGAUGCUGCCGCCUUAAUAUCAUCGUCCUUAAGUUUUCACACACGUCCAAGUAUUGGUAGAAGUGCCAUCAAGUUGAAUGAUGAUGAAGAUGAUGAUGGGCUGGCAUUUCUUCCAUAUGGUGUGGAGGAGGAGGAUUUUGGUGGAUGGGGUGCUUUCAGUUCACAAAAUAUGGUCGUUUCUCGGGAAUAUAGGGGAUGGAUGUGCAUCCCCAUGUUAUGGACUGAUGUUUUGGUUGAAAUUGAUCCCAACGCUCUUCCAUUAUCAUUUACCAAGGCUGUCUUUUGGGCCAGAUCUCGCUUGUUGUUUGUAGAACCUGAUAUUAGUGGGGAAAAAUAUCUUCCAAUUCAACCUUGGAUUUUGUCAUUUGCCACCGAAAUGUCAUCUGCAUUUGGAUGGAAGGUUCCUACCGGCUCUGAUGACGGUGGAGAUGGAAAGGUGUCAAAGAACUCUGUGGAAGCUUCCUCAAUGUGUCUCCCUCUGAUAAAAACAUUUAACAGGUUGACUGGACAUUUUCUAGUUCAAAUAGCACAAGGACAACUGCUGAAGCAGUGGACGUGGGAACCAAGGAUGAGUGGAAGCUUGAUUCUUUUGCUUGCUGAUCCCAAUGAUAACGUGAGACACUCUGCGAAGAGUAUCUUGGAACAAGUUUCUAGUACACAAGGUCUCACAUGUGGAUUGAAAUUUCUUUGCUCAUUCAACCUCUCUUUGUCUGCAGUCCUUUCAGGGCUAAAACAUGCACUUCUGAUACUCCAACUCCAGUCAGAUUCUCUGGGACUGAACUUUCACACAUUGCAACAUUUCUUUUUCCUUCUCCGAAAAUUGUUGAAUGAAGGAAAUCCGCCUACUUCAGAUUUGCGAGGAGAAAUGUCCAGUGAAUUAACUGCUGGCAAGCUAUCUUCUCAAGGGGGAUUUUUGCGGCAGCCUGUUUUUGAUUCUUUAACUGUUGAUGCAAUUGCUCGUACUUCAAAUGCUGGUUCCGACUUGCUUGAGAAAUUCAACAUUUUACUAUCUGAAGCUGCUUGGCCUUCCAUAGAGAAGUGCUUGAUGGUAGGGAAAACGUUUAUAGACCAUAGCAUCUGUCAGAUGACUUGUGUGCGUAUACUUGAGCUUCUCCCAGUGGUUUUUGAAAAGAAUUGGCAAUCAGUUGUUGCAACUGGGAAUUCUGGAAUGUCAAUGGGAAAGGUAAUGGACUAUGAAUGGCUUCAGCAUUUGAUGGAAUGGGGAAAAUCGUCAUUGAAUGUCAUUGUCGUAUAUUGGAAAAAAGCAGUAAUAUCUGUGCUGAAAUUGCUCAAAGGAGCAUUUAGUGAUGCAUCUUCAUCCCUAAUCAGGUCUAUUGAAAAUCUUAUCACAUCUGAUUCCCUUUCAUUGGAUGAACUAAUGAAGCAAGUAUCAUGCCUCUCUGUUUCUUUAUCCAUGGAAGCUUCUACUCUUGAUGGAAAGACAGAUUUCAGUUCACAUGUUCCAUUUUCUCUGGAUAUGUCUGCUGAAAAAGAGUAUCCCACUUUACCUGUCCGAACAUCUUCUGGUGGAGUUUUGGGUAGGCAAAUCUUGGAGACAGCAGUUGUGUCAAGUAAGAAAGAUCCAAAUUAUGUCGUUAUUUCAGAUGAUGAAACAGAAAAGCAGAUUUCACCUGGUUUUCUAUCUAGAAGUAAGUCAGAGGAUGGAGCCAAUGUGUCCAUGACCAAGCCAAACGACUGCAUGCUGGUUGGUCAGAAAGCUGCUUUAGACAGAAAUUCUCCACAAAUUUACCAUGCGAAGAAGACUUCUGGAACUCGUUCCUCUAAAGAUUCACCAGUUGUAUGUCAUUUAAGAGAUUCUAUUGAGAGUCCUAAUGUGUCUUCUCGGAGGAAAAAACUAGAUAACUUGAUUAUUGCAAAUUCUAAGAACCAGAAGAUAACUGCAGACUGCAGUUUAAAGGACAUCUUUUCUUCCCAAGAUGAAGUCCCAGUGCAAACCUUAUCCGAUGAAGCUGUUGUGAAUGAUAGGAAAAAUCAAAGUUCAAGUAAUGAGUUAUCUGAAGCUGGUGAUAAAAUAUUGAAAGAGAUGGUAAGCAAUACAAAAGAUGAUCCUCAGAAAUCAGUCAAUAGAUCUGUAAAGUUGCAUCAUUCGUCUCUCAUGAAUCUCAGUGCUACUGCUCCUAAACGUCAACUGAUUCAACUGAAGUCGUCUAUACAGAAUAGGUGUGGGUAUUGGCACAGGCGGCAUGCUGAAAAUAAAAGGUUUCAGCCACCGAGGCUUGAUGAGUGGUACAGACCUAUCUUAGAAAUAGAUUAUUUUGGCACGGUGGGUUCGUCACCUACGAGCAUUGAGGAUGAUAAAAAACUUAGUGAAUUGAAGGAAGUUCCUCUGUGCUUUGAGUCAGCUGAACAAUAUGUUGAUAUUUUUCGACCACUGGUUCUCGAGGAGUUUAAAGCACAAUUACGCAGUUCCUAUCUCGAGAUGUCAUCUUUGGAAGAUGUGUACUGUGGAAGGCUAUCUGUGCUGUCUGUUGAUAGAGUAGACGACUUUCAUCUUGUCCGCUUUGUCCAUGAUGACACUUAUUCUGCAUCUGGUAAAAGUUUCUCAGAGAAUGACCUUGUUUUGUUGACUAAAGAACCUGUGCAAAGUCCUUCCCAUGAAAUUCAUAUGGUUGGAAAGGUAGAGAGGCGUGAGAGAGACCACCAAAGGAAGUCAAGCACACUAGUUAUUAGGUUCUAUCUCCAAAAUGCUUCUUCCCGUUUAAAUCAAGCUAGAAGACUCCUCAUUGAUCGCAGUAAAUGGCAUGGAAGUCGAAUUAUGAGCAUCACACCUCAACUUCGUGAAUUUCAGGCAUUAUCUUCAAUGAAGAAUUUCCCAAUCCUUCAGAUUAUUCUGGACCCUACCAAUAAUUCUCAGGGUAUGAAUGAAGCUAAAUCAUCACGUUUGGGUAAGCUGUCCAGGCCUCUGCGGCAAAAGCUGGAGGCAACUUUCAAUGACAGUCAACUUCUAGCUAUCAGUGCAUCCAUCAGUUCUUUGGUUUCACGUAAAGAUUGCCGGUUGUCUCUCAUUCAGGGUCCUCCAGGCACAGGGAAGACUCGAACUAUAGUUGCCAUUGUCAGUGCAUUGCUUGGCUCUCUGCAAAGAACAGAUGAGACAAAAAGUUCCCCACCUGAGAGCUUGAAGGGGAGCAGUACUUCAUUUACCAAGUUCAGGCCAAAAGUCAGCGAGCCUGUUGCAAUUGCUAGGGCAUGGCAAGAUGCAGCUUUAGCUAGGCAAUUAAAUAAAGACGUUGAGAAUUCUACAAAACCCAUGGAGCGUUCUGCUAGAGGAAGGGUACUUAUUUGUGCUCAAUCUAAUGCGGCAGUGGAUGAGUUGGUAUCAAGAAUAUCCAGUGAAGGUCUGUACGGCUGCGAUGGGAAGAUGUACAAACCUUAUCUUGUAAGGGUCGGAAAUGCUAAGACUGUACACUCAAAUUCCUUGCAAUACUUCAUCGACACGCUUGUUGAUCAACGGUUGGCUGAAGAAAAGAAUUUGACUGAUGCCAGAAAUGAUGUCUCCACUGUGCAGCUGCGCGCAAACUUAGAGAAGUUAGUCGAUCGUAUUAGGCACUAUGAGGCAAAGCGUGCUAACAUAAGAGAUGAAAAUACAGAUCUUGCAUGUUCUCUGAAGGAUGAGAGUAAGAAGAUGGUUGAUGGUAAGGAAUUUUCUGAUGAAGAACUUGAGCUGAAGCUGAAAGAACUUUAUGAGCAAAAAAGGCAAAUAUACAAAGAACUUAGCCUCGUUCAGGCUCAAGAGAAGAAAGCUAAUGAAGAAAUAAGAGCUCUUAAGUAUAAAUUGCGAAAAUCCAUGCUAAGGGAAGCCGAAAUUAUUGUAACUACAUUAAGCGGCUGUGGUGGAGAUCUAUAUGAAGUUUGCUCUGAGUCUAUGUCAAAUGCUAAAUUUGGAAGUUCAUCUGAGAAUGCUCUUUUCGAUGCUGUUGUCAUUGAUGAAGCGGCACAAGCACUUGAACCAGCUACUCUAAUUCCUCUUCAACUUUUAAAGUCAAUGGGGACCAACUGUAUCAUGGUUGGUGAUCCAAAGCAGCUCCCGGCUACUGUAAUGUCUAACAUCGCUAGCAAAUUCCUAUAUGAGUGCAGCAUGUUUGAACGUCUGCAGAGGGCAGGUUAUCCUGUCACAAUGCUUACCAAACAGUAUAGGAUGCACCCUGAGAUAUGCCAGUUUCCGUCUACUUAUUUUUAUGAUGGGAAGCUGUUGAAUGGGGAUAUAAUAGAUGAAAGAUCCGCGUCCUUUCAUCAGACCAAAGGUCUUGGUCCAUAUAUAUUUUAUGACAUUGUUGAUGGCAUGGAGAUGCGUGGUGGAAAUUCUGGUGCACUAUCUCUUUGUAAUGAGCGAGAGGUGGAUGCGGCCAUUGAACUCUUAAGGUUUUUCAAAAUGAGGUACCCAUCGGAAUUUAUCGGCGGGAGAAUUGGUAUAAUCACUCCAUACAAGCGUCAACUCUCCUUGUUGCGUUCACGGUUCUAUAGCACAUUUGGAUCUUCUGCCGCCGCCGGAAUGGAAUUCAAUACUGUGGACGGUUUUCAGGGCCGUGAGGUUGAUAUACUGAUACUUUCCACAGUAAGGGCUGCUAAACCAGGCUCUGCGAUGAGUGGCGUAUCAUCAAGCACUAUUGGAUUUGUUGCUGAUGUGCGGCGCAUGAAUGUCGCUUUAACAAGAGCUAAACUCUCUCUUUGGAUAUUGGGCAAUUCAAGGACAUUAAAGACAAAUCGCAGCUGGGCUGCUCUUCUGGAGGAUGCUAAGGCCAGGAGCUUAUUUGUAUCUGUUAAAACUCCCUAUACAUCUAUGUUGGAAUCAGCUUUGGGAAGUGAAUCUGCAUGCUGUUCAGUAGAGCUGAACCAUAACAAAAAGCCAGAAAUUAAGAGUCAUGGUACUCAGAGAACUGAGAACAAUACAAAGGGUUCCACUAGAAAGAAAGCAGAAUAUGUAGGCCAUGCAGUUCCUAGUAGUCAAAAGGAGACUGGAGAGAGGUCUGAUGCUUCAAUACGAGAAGAUGCUCUGAGGAAGAAAGGAGGUUUGAAGAGAAAAGGUUAUCCAUUACGAAGGGGUGAUGCUCAUUCCAUGGUUGCAAAUGAAGACGUCAGGUCAACUCAUAAUACAACUUUUGCUUCUGAAGAACAUGCCAUGGAUGGCAAAAGGAGGGCCAAAGAGCGUAAUGAAGAGAAAUACAAUAAUACUCCAGGGAGCAAUGUGUACAAUAAGUCUAACAAGAGUGGCCAUGUUGGAAAGGAGAUGGAUGCUGGUGAUAUUGAUAAGCAUUUGGAUACCCGUGCUUCUAAAAGACGAACCAAAUCAUCUGAGCUAGAAAGAAGUCAGAGAAAUCUCAAUGAUUCUUCGCCCUCGGCUGUGGAUGGACUUGAAGAUAAGGUUGGCAAUGAUUGCGGCAAAGGUGCUGCUCUUGAUGGAAUGCGGAAUGACUUAAUUGUUAAAAGGAAACGACAGCGUGAAGCUGUUGAUGCUCUUCUGUCAUCUUCUCUUAUACCUUCAAAGAAGCCUGAAGCCUCUGGAAAAGCUUUCCCUGCCAAAAGGCCUGGUUCUGGGAAAUUAAGUGCAGGUCCCGGCAUUAAGCCAUCAAAGAGGAGAGGUAUGUCGUAGUCAUUUGAGGUGGAUCGCCUUCAUAAUCUUGUUCGGGAUUUUUAUGAAAUUAUCCAUAAUGGUUAAUUGAGUGGACCACAUUCGAAUCAACUCAUGCUUGCUUGUGCUUUGUCACUUUGGAAGUGCAGUGCAAUGAGGAAUCAGGCAUUUGUUGUGAUCUUAUUUCACUCUGUCCACUCCUGCCGGUGUUAUCAAAGACUCACUGUGAGUUGGCUUCAAGCAGAUGAUGCUUCAGCUGUCAAGGCUGUGGUUGGAGCUUGGACUCUAUUAGAAAUGGGAUGAUGUAUUCUCCAUCGAUGAGCUGGGGAUGGGCAAUUGGGAUCUAACAAGUGAUUUGGAAGACCUAAAGAGAAGGGUCUUCAUGGACUCUGCUUUGUCUCGUAACCCACAGCACAACCAGCGAGCUUUUUACAAGGGGUGCAGAUUACUUUUUGUGAUAUGCAAUGGGCGACUGUACAAUGAUACGAAAGCCUAUAUUGAAAUCGUCUAUGUGAUAGGUGAAUUUCCACCUAGAUAUUGUGAUGUUAUUGUUUGGGAAGCUACCUUGAAUUCGAAAAAUGUUCCUGAAAUCUGACUGAUGUGAACCUUUUCGACGCAUGAGAAUGUCAUUGCAUGAUUUUUGUCUCUAUCCUUGAGGCUAUGUUUAGUAGUUGGGACAAGAAUUGGGAUAGGAUAGAUCAGGUAUGUCAAAAAAUUCACUGUAGCUUUGGACAAAUUUAAUCUCAUUUACUGUUUGCGCCAUCUAAAAUAGAAUCACAAAAAAAAUUCAGUUAGGUCAUUGGAUAGGCCAAAAAACCCUAGAUCUAACUGUCGCGGCAAGCGCAGCGACUUUAAAGAGAAAAGGGUUCGUUUGGCAACCGUGGGUGGUUGCUAGUUGAACCACCAUUGCCAUCGAUGUUGGCAUCAAGUUAUUACAGGAACCUCACGGUUCCUUCACUUCUUUUCCCCUCAAUUUUAUUUAUUUAUUUAAUAUAUCAUCCGGGUAUUAUUUCAGCCCUUAUUCCUGGAUUUUUUGAACUUUUUAUCCGGACAUAUUUUGGUAUCUUCCAUCCGGAGAUUGCCGAACUUGAUCAGGAUAAAAAUUAUCCUAAGCGUUUGUGACACGAGAAUAGUAAUUAGGUAAACUUCGACCAAUUUAUAAAAUCAAUAUUCUGACUAAUUGGUUGGGUAUUGAAUGUCUAUUAUUUAGCAUGCCAAUUUUUUAUGCUGGUCUUAGUAGUCUCAUCAUUGUUCGGGUGGCUCCAUGACUCCCGCAUCUUGGUUCAGCUCCCGUAAGAGGUGAAUGCAUGAUCAAAUACACCAUUCGAAGAACAGACGAACUAAUCGAUGAAGCUGAUGAAUAUGUGCAUUCAAUUCAGCGUUCGAUAUGGACAUAACCCU